AUGCUGGAACGGCUUGGAGAUGAUAUCGGCGAGAAGGUAGUAUGCAGCAUAAUUGUGGUGCCUGGCAUUGGAGCGGUCCGACCGGACGACUGGCCUUGGCUGCAAACCGUGAACAAGACAACGCGUUCCGCACAACUAUGGAGUUUCCGAUAUGGCACCGAUUAUGCUAAGAACAGCAUGGUGGAAUACAUAGAGCGACAUGCUGAGAUACUGCUAGCUGAUUUAGAGACUUAUUACCAUCAGACUGACCGGCGCCCGAUCUGCUUUGUCUGCCAUAGUCUCGGCGGCCUCGUUCUUCAACAAGCGCUCAAACAUGUGCAUGAUUGCCAGUACAGCUAUCUUACUGUGUCUAAGACUCUAUCGGGGAUCAUCUUCUUGGGAACUCCCCACAAAGCAUUCAACAGUACCAGCAAUAAUGUUUUCGAGAGCAUCAUGAAUUGUUUCCAUUUGGGUUCUGGGAAACCCAUUUCAAGCAGCGACCUAAUUGAGCUCGAUCAACUUGGACGGCAUUUCGAGGGCUCAAGUCUGAGCAUACCAGUUCUAUCAGUGUACGAGCGCUAUAAAACCAAGGUCAAGUUCAAAGCUCGAAUGCUGUUCAGCUAUCACAGAGAACAGACUAUUGUUGGUGAAGCGCAGGUGCAACUGUCUUUCACUGCGAGUGAGGCAAUAGGGGCUCCGCUGGACCAUCGCCAUGUUGCUUUGCUACCUCGAGAGUCUGAAGCUGAGCUCAAGGCGCUGGCAAUGAUCACUAAACUCGCGCGCGAAGCACCUAGUGAAGUUGCGGCACGUUUCGAAGAUCAUGAAAUUCCAACUGAGCUAAUCCACAGUACAUCGUGCGGUCCAAGCGAACCAGAUCUCGUAGUGCUCAGAGCCGAUAUCAGAAAAUCAAGAUAUGCGCCUCAUCAUGAUCGGAAUGGUAGCUACGGCUCUGCGGAUGCUGUCACUGGGACCACAGAUGACUCAUUUGAAGUGGUGGCCCGUAGGACCCCAGUAGAGAUGUCAAAGCCGCCGGCGAGACUGCCCCCAAGUGUAACGACAGUCCGACCUAUGAGCAAAGAACUCUUCGGACGGGCGGAGGAUCUCCUUAUCAUGGAUGAAAAACUCCUGAGCUUGGGACCAGCUAGUCCUCCAGACUUGAGCCUAUCUGGGCUACGUUCAUUUGUGAUAUAUGGAAUGGGUGGUAUUGGCAAGACGAGUUUGGCGCAGUACUGGGUUCAGACACGAAAACACAACUUCGAUGCUGUGUUUUGGCUUAAAGCAAGCAAGAUUGAAUCGCUAGCGGGCGAGUUUGUCGGAAUUGGCACGAGUAUUGGUCUUUUUCGUGCGGAGGAGAGUCAUGAUCUCGCCGUGGGCCGCGCAAUUGUGAAAGGAUGGCUCGCCGAACCAAGAUAUGUUGCACCUAAUAAGGCGGCUCGCAGCCCAGAAGCUCGAUGGCUGAUUGUCUUUGACGAUGUGGAGUCCCUGGCUGGCUUGGCCGAGUACUGGCCGUUUGAAGGCCAGGGUACAGUACUAGUCACUACUCGAGAUGCUAGCAGCAGCAGUAUCUUGGACUCGGAAGCGACUUUUGCUCGGUCUUUGCCUCUGUCUGGUACUCUUGAGCUUAAGCCACUCACGCUCGCGGAGACGCGGAUGAUGCUACUGAGCCUGACAGCGGAAACAUCAGACUGUCAAGAUGCAGCGACUCUUGAGACGAUCUGUCGAAAGCUCGGUGGUCUGCCUCUGGCGAUACAACAAAUGGCCGGGAAUAUUCGCACUAUGAACCUUCGUUAUGGAGACUUACUGCGAAUGUGGGAGCAUGAAAAUCCUGGAGAAUUCCUGGAUACAGCCGCGGGCUCUAAUUCUGUAACCUCAACAGGUCUUCGGCAAACUAUUGCCACAAUGUGGAUGUCUAGAGCCGAUACAAGCGAUCGUCCAGAAGACCUCGCACUGCUUCGAGUUCUUUCGUUCCUGGCACCUGGUGGAGUUUCAGAAGAACUUGUGUGCGACAAAGAGUUCUUGGAAGCUGCAAUACCUCAGUUUCGUGCCAGCGAGCUGCGCUUCCAGAACGCAAAGUUGAACCUGAUUCAAAGCUCCCGCAUUACAUAUGAGAAGAAAGACCGAGUUAUCAUUGUCCAUGAUUUGGUGAAGGAAUCAGUCCGCGCACAUAUGGGUCAAGAUGCAGCUUCAUAUAUGCUUCUUAUGGUCGCUCGAGCUGUAUCCAGGACUUGGCCGUUCCUGAAGGCCCGCCAGUGGCACGAUCGCAGCAGGUGGCCGCAAUGUGAAACGCUCCUGCCACAUAUCGCCUUCCUUCAACAGCUUUGGAGCCGCCCGUCUCACAAGAAUCCUCAUGGCCAGCUAUACCUUGAGUUUGCAAAGCUGAUCAACGAGGCUGGUUGGUUCCUAUACGAGCGUGGAAUGCCAGAAGAAUCCAAGAAAUAUUUCGCGACGGUAGAGAUUAUAUGUCGACAAAAUCGAGAUCAAGACGCAGCGCAAGUGUCAGAGAUUUUAAGAUGUUGCUACAACUACCAGGGUGCAGCGGCCACGGAUACUGGCGACCGAGAAGGCGCGUUGGUGUACAACAGAAAGUGGUUGGAGCUUCAUUUAGAACACAAGACCCGGACCGAACAGACUUGCGCCGAUCACGAAGAGGCAUGUAUAUGGAACGAAACUGGACUGGCUUAUGGUUUAAAUCAAGAAUUUGUUGAGGCCGAGGCAUGCUUUAGACGUUCGGCGGAAAUCAUACGGACGCUUCCCGACUUUGUGCCCACAAUGCUAGAUUACGCAUUGCCGAACUUGGGCCUCGUUCUUUGGGUGCAGGGAAAACCACUGGACGCGGAAUCCGUGUUGAGUGAGAUUCGAGAAGCUUGCGAGGAAGAAUACGGCUUUGAUGAUGUUAAAACCUUCAAGUUUGUGUCCAUGAGAUCUGUCACUUGAGCUGUGCCGACGACUAUACACAACUCAUCUCUGACCUCGCAAAUUAUCCCACCGGUGAUGGAGAAACAGUCAACAGCCUACAUCAUUUCUUGAAGAUACGCUUUCUACAUCAGCGGCAGGACAAUUUCGUGACCAUUUAUGAUUUAUGCCCCGAUGCCCAUCAUAGACAUCCCACGCUGCGGGACAUCAAGACACCGCUGGAAUUACAGAAUGAGCCGCCUCUGACAUCGAGGCAGAACAUUCGGCAGCUAGUCUUCUUGAAAGGCUUCCCUUCCCAGCAAUGGAUUAAGGCUCUCGGCAGCAAGUAUCAGGUCGACCCAGUGUUCUUCAGUCGUCAUCUCGACUUCCAUGAUCAAGAAAAUCGAUCUCUAGGGAGAUUUGCGACACCUGUUUUGCCCUCAUCCUCCUGGCACAUCUUCCAGUUCUCCUGUAUGACGAUCGCAACGCGAGAUCGCGUAACGCAAGAUGUGCAAGACUUGCGUGCCAAGGUGGAUGCAGGCAUGAUACAGUACAUCAGAAGCCUCAAGAGUGGCCAGAGUCACGAGGUUGGUGACAGUAUCGUAAGACCUUGCCACGUCGUGGACAACGAGACAUUCGUUCUGGAACAGCAAAUCACGGUCUGUCUCCACCUUUUGAAGUCAGGCUGGAUAGUCUUAAUCUGGAGCGAUGCUGGCAAAAGUCUCCACGAGGAUCGAGAUGUAGCUUCUGUAAAGCCAUGGCGUACCGGCACUCACAAAUUUAGCGAACCUCUAUUACACUUCGCACCAAUCGUAUCGCAUCGGCCAAUGCUGGCACUGAAGCCUCAUCUGCUAGUGGGAAGUCGGAGAGGGUUUGCAAAUGGAAAAUGCCCAGAAUCAAUCGGACUUCUGGAUCAGCAUUAUGGGAGAUCUUUAAGACUGGCACUCAUGGCGAACGAUCCAGCUUAUGCUUUGAGUGAGGUCUUCUCGCUCGUCGCUGCAUCUCACAACCAGUUCCUGAACUUGAUGCACGAAAAACUCAACAUGCAUGAGCAGAAUGACAGUUACGCAGCUUUCCCAGUCCUACGCUACCUGAAGCAAAUCUUGUCACGACAUACAUUGCAACUAGAAGAGAUUGCAAUGGCAUUGGAGAAUACAAAGAAUCGCAAGUGGCCAAAAUCCCCUGAUGCUGAUGCCAGGCCCCAUGCUGAGUUCAUGAUGGAGACGUUCCACAACGAUCUGGACUACCUGUUGAAAAGGGCAAAACAACAUCAUGAUCGAAGCCACGAGGCCAUCAAUCUGUUGAUGAACAGUACUUCGAUAGCAGACGCACGGGAUCAAGCCUCUGAGACGGAACGUAUUGGCAAGCUUACUUUCGUAGCAUUCUUCUACGCUCCACUAUCUUUCGCGACUUCACUCUUUGGCAUGAACUUCAAAGAAGUCGGCGAGGGCCUUUCGAUCUGGAUCUGGUUUGCAGUAGCCGUUCCCCUCUUGGGUGUGACAUUACUUGCGUACCUUCUGCCAACGAAAGUGUUUCUCAGGAACGAACGCCGAAAGGCAGUCAAUAGGUCACGAUGACUUUCCUGAUCUUUACCAACAGCAAUGAGGUCUCGCACUCAGGAUCAUCACCGCGAUAUCAUUUUCGAAUGCGCCAAAUUCAAUGGCAAGCACUUCAUAACAGCGGCUGGCUCGAUAGACGCGAUGGCAGAAGUUCAGAUGGGAGUGGCCGGAACCAAGCUCUUCAUUCCUCGGCUAUCGCGGUCAUGGACGUGGUCGCGGCCGCGAGGGUUGGCCCUCGCUGUGCGCUCCUAUCGUGUACGAAAGUACGAAGUGUCACUGCAUCAUCACAGAACAAUUCUGCCAUGGCUGCUGGCCAAGUCUUCACGAAUCGGGC